CAAGGGAUGCUCAAUUGAUUACAGUGAUAAUGGGAGAAAGGAUCCUUCCCAGAUGACCGAAUGCGGCCAUGAAACGGGAAGCUUGAAUUACAUCAGCUCACAGGAACCUGGAGAAUUGUCUCAAGCCAAUGCACUUGGCUUUGUGGAUGAGUUUUUAACAUUCAAUGCUGUGAACUUUUCUCCCGGAAUCAACACAAAGAGGACCGUGAAUAAGAAAUCGUCCUUCUCUGGUGCCAAGGGACCUCAAAUAUUGGCCAAGAAAAUCAGGCCUGGGACACCUGUCGGGGAAAGGGAUACCUUUGAAUGGGUUGAUAUUGAUCACCAUGGAGGAGGUGAGGUCCUAAAAGGGGUCAAAAAAUCUGUUGGGUAUGGCAGCAGCAUCAGGCAGGAAACUGCAGGGCAUCAAAAUGGCAGAUAUCUCACUGAUAAAGAAAAUAGCAGCUUAGAUGACAAAUGUGAAAAGAAUGUAGAAAACCUAGAUCAUUCAUGUUCAAGAUUUGUGGGGAAUAUUCAUACAGGGACCCGGAGGAUAGAACAACCACCUGAAAUGAAUCCUAUGCAGUUCAAUAAAGAGUUGAAGGCUGAAGCAUUGGAACAGCAGUUGGAUGAUGGGUUGGAUGUGUUUGAAGUUGGUAUCAACACUCAAAUAGCUGCUGAGGCGAUCGAGACCUUAUUGUUUGCACCUCUUUCAGGCUGCAGCAUUGGUAACGCCAAUCAAGGUACAGGAUCCCUUGAAGAUUUUCCAAACUAUAUAUUGAUGGGCAAAUUUCAUUCCGAACAGCAUUCCUUGCAGAAGAUUUCAAGUAACAAUUUUGAAGGAAGUAACAGAAAGUUGAAUCAAGGAAUAUGUCCAGCUAGAAAAUAUUGUAGAAGAGAUUCUAGUGCAGCCGAGAAGACUGCUAAUUAUCAGGAAUCUGAUCCUAAGUUGGCUAUAACAUCAAAAGCAAAGAGAAGUAAGACAUUGACUGUUGGAAAUGAGAAUGCAAGAAAUCCUGUCAAUACAAAUGAAAAUUCAGGAAGAAAAUCUUUUAGGAUCACUGAAAAAAGAAAGGCAGUUGGAGCUGUAUCUGGAAAAAACAUUGAAGAGUCUGAAAAUUGUAGUUCAUCAAUAGUGGCGGAACAGGUCUCACGGGUUAAAGGACAGUCAGAUGGGAAAGCAAUUGUCCUGCAAACUACGUCGACUGAAGAGAGGUUCGAAGGAAAUAAGGACCGAUCAGAUAAUACAGGAAAAAGGAAAAAUGAUGACAUGCAGAAUGGUAUUCUAACUUACAGAAGAAGACUGAGUGGUAGAAAAAAGCAUUCGAAGUUCUCCUCUGGCGUCUUUUGGCAAACUGUUGAAAGUAAAUUGAAUCAACAAGAGCAAACUGUUUCAGAAGUCAAUAUGAUACCAAGUUUUCUCAACCUUGAAGCAUGGAACUCGUCUAGGAGGAAAAGAUCAUCUUGUAAACUGCAAAGGCAUUCUGUUGCAGCUAGUAACCUGCAAGCCUCAAUCACAGUGGUUAAGUCAAGCAGCAAGUGCAAGCUAUCAUCAUUUAAUGGUAAAAAGAAGAAUGACUUUGGUAAUUCACCAAACUAUAGUACUCAAGCCCGCGGUUCAAAAUUAUCUGGCAAAGUCAACUGUGACAAAUGUUUAAAUGAAGCAUCUUUCCAGAAUGCAUUCGAUAAAUGCCACAAAAUACCCUACCAAAAAAACAUACCAAAGUCAUCUCUCUUGAAAGAGCUGAUGAGGUUAGGUAUGGUUGGGACAAAAGUGGAUUCUGCAUGGAAAGAUCUAAGAAUACGAAGAGGCGCGGCAUAUGUUCGAGUCUUAUUCAGCCAGCAUUUGGAUGAUGGUAUAGUCAAGCAGCAGAAGAAGAUCUUAGCUCGGUUGGGCAUUUCUACUGCAUCAUGUUCCAUGGAUGCAACACACUUCGUAGCAGAUAGAUUUGUGCGGACAAGAAAUAUGUUGGAAUCCAUUGCUCUUGGUAAACCAGUUGUUACACAUUUAUGGCUUGAGAGCUGUGGACAAGCAAACUGCUUAAUUGAUGAAAAGAAUUAUAUUUUGAGGGAUACAAAAAAGGAAAAGGAAGUUGGCUUCAGUAUGCCUGAUUCACUAGCUCAUGCAAACCGGCAUCCACUUCUUAAGGGUAAAAGAGUCUUGGUGACACCACACAUUAAGCCUGAUAAAGAAAUGAUUGUUUACUUGGUGAAGGCAGUUCAUGGCCAGGUAGUGGAGAGAAGUCAGAUAUCCAUGACAGGAGAUCAGAAGAUAUCAGAUGAUCUCUUGAUUCUUUCUUGUGAAGAAGAUGAAGAAAUCUGUUUUCCUUUCCUUGAUAAAGGGGCAGCAGCCUACAGUUCAGAGCUUCUUCUGAAUGGGAUUGUCGUCCAGAAACUGGAAUAUGAAAGACACCAGCUCUUCCUUGCUGAUGUUGUCGAGAGGCGUCAAUACAAGAAGAGAAGGUCAAGAAGGAUGCAGUGACUUUUCUUCUUUCCUCAUGUACAUAAAAUGAAAUCAAAUAUCUUCUGUAAAUUUCCACAGCCGUAAAGAGAAAGCAGUGAAAUGCGGAUUCCUGAAUGGUAUGUUGUACAAUUUUAUUUACUUAAUUUUUUUCUCUUAGGAUGUCUAAACUAGCUGUAUAAAGUCAGCACCAAGGUGUAACAAACCAGCAUCAAAUACCAUUUACGUUUUGUCCAAAUAUCCAAAAAAUUGCAAAGUUGACAGUUUCAA